GCAAGGCUGUAUACUCCGACCCUGUCAGCCUUAAUCUAUGUGCAGCGGCUUCUCUUCCUGGAGUAUGCCCUCCCUCUCGAAUCAUACGAUCACAUCGGAAUUCCUCAGCGUCCGCGAUACCGGCAAUUUGAGCGGCUUGAUUCCGUACGACAUAGGUUUAUGCUAACUAAGUCAAUGACCCCCCUACCCGAGAUGUUGAGCCUCCGUGACUACGGGAGAGUGAUAGCUAGAACAGACACCCCAUCCUAUUUCCUUUACUGGAGUGACGAUUUACAGACUGUGUCGUACGGAGACUCCUUCACUAUCUCUACGGGCGCCUUCCGACAGCUGUCAGCAUACUUCAUUAAGCUUGCAGAGGAGCUCUGCGAGGAGCCUAUGCUUGGUUUACAGGUGGACGUUGAUCUCGCGAAGGUCAAGGACGACCUAGUUAACACUAUAGAUGGGUUCAGUUUCGUCAGCCAUCCCUAUAAUAAGCUGACCCAUGCCUACGUUCAGCUGUUCAAGCAGGCUUGUGUUCCUGCUUCUGGGCUGUUCGACGAGACGAGCGGCAUAUGGAAAGCAAGCGCAGUCUUACGAUACCAAAGGAAGGCAGAGAGGCUGUUGGAAUCCCUUGCAGGCUGCAUCCACACGAUAGGCGGCCAGACUGGGCGAUCACCAGAGCUUUUUAGUCUCACAUACCAGAACAGCGCACUUGGUGAACGCGGUUUAUACAUCUACAACGGCUCGGUAAUGACGCUUACACGGCAUCACAAAGCUAAACGUUCAACCAAUCGGGAAUUCAACGUUGCGCGCUUCCUUCCUCUCCGAGUCGGCCGAGUUGUGUUCCGAUAUUUGGCGUACAUCCGUCCCUUCGUUACAAGA